GUACUGCAGUACCGGACUUUGUGUCGAGAGCUGGAGCAGCAGCUGGAAGCAGGAGCAGGAGGGGUGAGUGGAUCCCUUCCAGGUGGCUGGGAGGCCACGGAAGACCACAGCCUGGAGAAAGCACUGCUUCAGGUAGCAGAGGAGCAGCAAAGGUGUGAGAACCUGGCAGAAGUGAACACGCUGCUGCGCGAGCACCUCAAUAAAGCCAAUGAGGUGAACUCAGCCCUCAAAGAAGACGUUGGAAAACUGACGGCAGAUUGGAUGAGGGCCCGGGACGAGCUGGAAUUGAAGGAGAGUGAAUGGUGCAAUGAACGUGAGCUUUAUGACAGCUACUUAAGGGGUGAACGUGACCGUCUGCUCGGCCUGUGGCGUCAGGUGGUGACGUUCCGCCGGCAUUUCCUGGAAAUGAAGACUGCCACUGACCGCGAUUUGUCAGAGCUGAAGGCCGAGCAGAUGAGGCUCUCUGGAUCUAUACUUGUGCACUGCUCCCGCCUCAGCUCCAGCGUGCGGCUCUGGGAGUCCGUCAGCCUGGGCAGACCUGGCCUGAAGGAUCAGGCACAGCAGCGAGCGGAACAGGAGAGCAGCCAGAGGGCUUGGGAAGUGAUGCGCUUACAAGUCAAGGGGGACCUGGAGAAGAAGGAGCUUCAGGACAGGGUAAUGGAGCUCUCAGCCUUGCUUGUACAGUCUCAGAAGCAGAAUGAGGAGAAGGAGAAGACCAUGAAAACACUUAACGACACUGUGGAGAUUCUAGAAGCAAAUCAGUUAGAGAAAGAAUAUGAAGCUUCAUUGGCUAAAAGUGCCGGAGAAGAGAAUCUUGCCCUCCAAAAGCUGAUAAAAGAUAUAACUGAGGUGGUGUUAGAUGACAGCGACAGCACGUUCAGCAUUCUCGGGACUGACAGUUCUCAAUAUGCAGAGUCUGGCAACAUCCUCUCUUGCCUGAGCUCCGUUGGUGCAGAGCAUGCCUUUGUAUUGGUUCAGGAAGCACUGGCACGGAGGCGAAGAGCAACACAGGUGCUAAGAGAAGAGCUUUCUGCCAGGCAGGACUCCAUCAGUGUCCUGCUGCAUCAGCACAGACAGCAGGAGGAGAAGUGCAGGAAGCUGCAGCAAAGGCUUCAGCAAGCGGAGGAGGAAUUAAAGACAUCCAGCACGCACCAGCAGCACCUCCAGUCUCUGGUAGAAGCACUCAAAAGUGACUGUGCAAACCUUGAGAAAACCAGGGAAGAGCUACAGCAACAGCUUGAAGUGAUGGAGCGAGACGCCUCCCGUCUGCGUCAGAGUAACACUGAGCUGCGGCUGAAGGAAGAUUCAGCCCAGGGGGAAAAGGUGGAGCAGCAGCAGACAAUGGAGAGAGUGCGUCAUGACCAGGAGCUCCUACUGAAGGAUUUAGCUGCACUCGAAGGAAAACAUUCAUUAUUACAGAGUGAGUUGGUAGUUGUGAGAGAGACACUGGAGCAAUCGCACCUUCAGAGGGAUCUGCUGAAGCAAGAGAAACAUGAACUUACAGUGGCGCUGGAGAAGGCAGAGCAGUCAGUAGCAGAGUUGACGGGCUCUCAGAAUAAGCUGAGUGCUGAAGUAGCUGAUCUGCAUGUUGCAACAGCGAACAUGAGCGGUAUCAAUGAAGCUCUUGCACUGGAUAAAGUGCAGCUGAACAAACUUCUGCUGCAGCUGGAGCAAGAGAAUGAAGUUCUCUCAAGUAAAGUGGAUGAGAUGGAGAGAGCAAAGUUCUCUAGCCAAGAGGAGCUGAACCUGUGUGAAAGAACAAAUGCAGAGCUCAGUGCAGAGAAAGCCCGCCUGGAGCAGCUGCUGAAGAAAGCAGAGGAGCAACAGGAGGGGCUGCGGGUAGAGCUGAGGUUAUUGGCAGAAGAGAAGACAGAAACCCAAGAGAAACUCCAUCAGGUUUACCGCCAGCAGGAGUCGGCUGGCAGCGAUCUGGAGCAGUUGCGGCAGGAGUCCUCUCGCCAAGAGCACGCGCUGGCCAAGGUGACCAAGGAGAAGGAGCUGCUGGCGCAUGAGAAGGCUGCCCUGGAGGUGCGACUGGCAGCCACGGAACGGGACAGACAAGGGCUUGCAGAGCAGCUCGCAGAGGCCAGGUCAGUGAAGGACACCCUGGAAUCCAGCCUGUUUGACGCUCAGCAGCACUUGUCUCAGCUGGAGAUCGCCAGGAGUCAGCUUGAAAUCCAACUUCACGCAGUCACGCAGGCCAAGGAGGUGGUACAAGGGGAAGUGAAGUGCCUUCAGUGUGAGCUGGAAGCAGAGAGAUCUCUCCUGAGGCAGGAACGGGAGAGCAUGGCACAGCAGCUCCUGCAGACAGAGCAGCAGUGUGACAGUACCCUCAGGCUUCAGGAAACUGAUCAUGAAGAGGAAAGAAACAAACUCCUGCGAGACCUGGCAAGCGAGCGGGAAGGGCACCGUGCAGAGCUGCAGAAGAUGCUGGAGCAAUGGGAAAAAGAGAAGGCAGAGAUGGAAGGGGAGCACGAGAAGAGGCUCUCUGAUAUGAAGCAGAAAGUUGCUGCCAUGCAAGCUCAGCAAGAAGAGGAACAAACCAGAGCUGAAAAUGCCAAGCAAGAGGCCCUGCUAGAAAAGGAGAGUGAGAAGAAGGCUUUAUUAGAGACGCUACUCCAAACUCAGGGAGAGCUAAGAGAAGCCUGCCAGCAGCUGGAGAAGCUCAAGCAGGAGAUGGAAGAGCAGCAAGAGAAUGGGCAGAACAUCAGGGAAGAGCUGCAAGUAGAGCUGCGGGAAACUCAGAGUAAGAUGGAGGCACUGGAGAACGGGCACAAGGAAGAACUCAAAACCAUCAAAGAGGAAAUGAAUAUCCUGCUUCAGCAGAGGGAUGCUCUACAAACGCAGGUGGCAGAAUUGACAUCUCAGCUGGCAGCCUCCGAAGAGUCCCAGCAAAUGAUGGGCCACAAAGCUCAGCAAGAGCUGAGCGAAGCACAGGAACUGUCCAGGCAGAAGAUGCUGGAAGUCGCGCACCUCCAGAAGAUCCUGGAGGAGAAGAGGAGUCAACAGGAGGAGGUAGAACAGCAGAACAAGGAGCUGCAAGUGUGUCUGCAGGCCUUGGAGCGGGAAAAGAGUCAAUGGGAAGAAGUGGAGCGUAACAACACAGAAUUAGAGGCUUUGUUGAAGGUCCUAGAGAGUGACAAGACCAGGCUGACUCUGUCUCUGGAAGAGAAGGAACUGAGCCUCAGAACCCUGGAAGAAAGCAGCCUCGUCCAGCACAAUGAGAUGUCCCAGCUUCUUUCUGAUCUUCGCCAGGCUGAGCAGCUCCAUUCAGACCACAGAAGAGAAGUGCAAGAGCUCAACAACCAGGUAGAGGCACUGCAGGGAGCGCUGCUGGAGAAGGAGGCUGGCCUGGCAACCCGAGUGAAGCAGCUGCUACAGGAUCUGGAGGAGUCCCGAGCAGGCGAACGGUGCUUGAGGGACUCUUUGAGCACGCUGGAGGCUGAGAUGUCUGAGCUGCGUUUGAGGCUUUGCAGCGCAGAGAACAGAGCGAAGGCGUUGGCCACUGAGUGUGAGCAGGCGAAUGGUGCCCGCUGUGAAGCCCAGGCCCAGCUGGACAAACUGUACCUGGUUCUCCACCGCAUGUUCUGUGACAGCAGAGAUGUGGUCACCUGGAGUUCAGAACAGGGUGGUGGCGGGGGCCUAACUGUUCAUCAGGCCAGGGAUCUCCCUGCGGAGCUCACAGCGGACAGAGCAUCAGCAGCCCUAGAAGACCUGCGUCAGCACCUGAAGCAGACUCGGCAAGCUCUGAAUGAUGCGAGGAAGAAGAUCCAGGACUCGGAGCUGGAGCUGAGCAAGAAGCAAGCUGAGCGGGACCGUUUCAGUGCCCACAAUCAAGAGCUGCAGAAACGGUUGGCUCAAAGCCAGGAAGAGACACAUAUGGCAGAAUGCAAGAAGAACUCUUUACAAGCUGCCUUGCAGGAAGAAGCUGCUGCUCUGAAAGAGGAGACUGUGACUCUACAUCAAGAGGUGGCGUCUUUGGAAAGGAAGCUCGAGAGCACUGAGAAGCAAAGAAAGGAUGUCCUGCAUGAACGGGACAGACUGCAAGAACUUAAAGAAAAACUGGAAUGUGAGGUAAAACUUCUUCAGGAAUCAGUCACAGCCUCUGAAACCCGAGCAAAUACAGCAACAAAUAUGAAUCACUCCCUUGAACAAGAACUCCAAACUACACUAUCUAUCUUAAAAAUUAAAAAUGAGGAAGUGGAAAUGCAUCUGGAGAAAAUCCAGAUACUACAGAAAGAAGCAGCAGAGGCAAAAGCUUUGCAGGAGACUCUCACUCGUAUGACUGCCACCCUGUCGGAGCGGGAGGGAGAAAUGAAGUUCUACAAGGAACAGACAAGAAUGCUGGAAAAGCAGAAAGAAAUGCAUAAAACUACUCUUGAUCAGGUUAUUAAAGACAUAGCAGAGAAAAAACACAAGACAGAAUCCCAGCAAAAAAACAUACAGGAGCUGGAGAAAGACCUAGAGAAACAAAGGACUGCUGUCAGCAAGAUGAGCAAAGAGCUGGAAGAAAAAGACCAGGAGAUCAGAUCCCAGCAAGAACAGAUACGGGAGCUGGAGAAGCAGCGAGAAGUGCAGAGGACUGCUGUCAGCAAGGUGAGCAAAGAGCUGGAAGAAAGGGACCAGGAGAUGAAAUCCCAGCAAGAACAGAUGGAGGAGCUGGAGAAGCAGCAGGAAGUGCAGAGAGCUGCUCUCAGCAAGGUGAGCAAAGAGCUGGAAGAAAGGGACCAGGAGAUGAAAUCCCAGCAAGAACAGAUGGAGGAGCUGGAGAAGCAGCAGGAAGUGCAGAGAGCUGCUCUCAGCAAGGUGAGCAAAGAGCUGGAAGAAAGGGACCAGGAGAUGAAAUCCCAGCAAGAACAGAUGGAGGAGCUGGAGAAGCAGCAGGAAGUGCAGAGAGCUGCUCUCAGCAAGGUGAGCAAAGAGCUGGAGGAGAAAAAACAGGAGAUCAGAUCCCAGCAAGAACACAUAGAGGAGCUGGAGAAGCAGCAGGAAGUGCAGAGGGCUGCUCUCAGCAAGGUGAGCAAAGAGCUGGAAGAGAAGGACCAGGAGAUCAAAUUCCAGGAGGGGAAAGUAAUUAUUUUAGAAAAACACCAUACAUCACAGGUAAAAAAUCUGCAGGUGGAUCUUGAUCAUAUGAAAGGCAACUUGAACGGGAAAAACCUAGAGCUUAUGUCUCUGACUCAGCAGGUCCAAGAACUGGAAAAGGAGAGAGAACAGGUGAAAUCUCUGCACGCCAGCCUUGAACAUCUGAGGGCAGUUCUUAAGGACAGAGAAAGUGAGUGUGAUUCUCAAAGGGAUCGGUUAAGACUCUUAGAGCAAUGCAAGGAACAGCAAGAGGGGUACCUGCAAGAACUCCAUGGUAAAGUAGAAAAGUUGACACUUUCUUUAUCUAAGAAAGAUCAAGAGCUUGAAUCACAACAAAAGCAAAUGCAGGAAGCUGAAGAAGUCAUGGCAAUGCAGUUAAAGGCUGUCCAUGACCAACUGGAGCAGACUUUAGAAACCUUAAAAGAAAAGGACAGACUCAUAGACAUCCAGAAGCAACAAACACCAGACUUUGAGGAACAAACAGAACAGCGGAUGAGUGUCUUACAUAAAGACUUAGAAUACACUAAGGCAAUACUGAAAGAGAAGGAUUUUAUGAUUGAAUCUCAGAAGGAAGUGAUUGAGACCUUUCAAAAACAAGCACAAGACUCUGAACAGCAGAAGGAAAUCCUACAAGUGGCGCUAAAAGAUCAAGAGCAAGAAAUUUUGUCCCUUAGAAAGCAAUGUGAGGCAUGCAAGGAGAAGGAGGAGAAGCACGAAGCUGAGCGAACACAUUUUCAAGCAACAAAUCAGACUCUGAAAGAAAAAGAAGAAAAGAUAGAGGUUCUGGAGGAGGCUGUCUCUAAGCUUCAGCAGCAGAAGGAGGAGGCAGUGAUGCAGACUAAAGCUAUACUGCAAAAACUAGAGUACUCCAAAUCUUCUCUAGAAGCUAGAGAUCAAGAGAUAGCGUCUUUGCAAGAGCAUGUCCAGGACCUUCGAGAGCAGAAGGAGUUAGAAGGUAAGCAGGCCAAGCGUCUACAGCAGGAUCUAGAUGAAAUGAGCCAAACAGUGAAGAAGAACCAUCUGGAGUUCCUCAAGCACACAGAGCAAAUGAACGUGUUCCAGCUUCGUGAAGAAAACAUGAAAGUAGCACUGACAUCAUGCCAGAAGCAAGUGGGUCUGCUUGAGGAAGCCAUGAGGAAGAGAGAGGAAGACAAUGAAAUGCUCAUGGAAAAGCUCCAUCGCCAGGAGGAAGAACUUAAGAGCUUGCAGAAUCUCCCUCUUAGGCUAACUAAGAAGAAUGAAGAGGCUGGACAUCACGGAGAGCGAGAGAUGCUCCUGAAAGAAGCCUUGCCUGAGAGGGAACGAGAGACCAAGGCUCGACGUGAGCAAAAGCAGUUUGAAGAGGAGAUAAGAGGUCUGCGGGAAGAUCUCCAGCAUGUUCGGCAGACUCUGACAAAGAAGGAUGAAGAGAUCAAGUACCAGAGAGACCAGGUCGGGUAUUUAGAGAAGGCUUUGACAGGGAGAGAACAAGAGCUUAGGAGGCAGAGAGAACUCCUAAAACAAGUAACAUCAGCUUUGCGGUGGAAAGAUGAAGAAGAGACCCUAAAGAAGCAGAUCCAGAAACUCCAAAAGUGGGAGGAAGAGGAAGCAGAGAAGAGGAGAGUUCUCCAGGAGAGAGACUGUCUCUUGCAAAGGCAGAAGGAGCUCACCCAACAACUGGAAGAUGAGAAGUUGGAGCGUGUGAUUGCUGUUUUGAAGCAGACUGAAAGCGGAGAAAUUGAGUGGAAAGAGAAGGCACAAACCCUGACUCUUGCCCUCACCAAGAGUGAAAUGGCCAACGGGACUCUGAGGGAAGAAAUAGCCAUCCUGCAGAGCAUGGUGUCAGAGAGGGACAAGGACCGGUUUCAGCUGCAGCAGGCUAUUGCAGAAGGGGAGCAGCUACCCUGGCUCUCAGAGAAGAGAGUCCUGCUGCAGCAGCUGGAAUGUCUGCAGCGAGCAGUUGCAAGGAUGGAACUUGAGAGGACGGAGCUGAAGCAACUCAAUGCUGAGCUCAGGAGGACUCUUGAGCAGGUGGAACGUGAACGGAGGAGACUGAAGAGGUUGCUGCCAGAUACACGUGGAUCUUCUCUCCCUGACCAGCACAAGAUGCCUGCUUCUAGACAGGAGGAGUCUCACACUUGCUGCAGUCGAUUAUCUGAGUUGCAGAAUCAGGUGUCGGUCCUGGAGACGCAGCUGGCACAGGAACGGAAACACAAGCAGGACUACAUCGAGUGCUGUGCGAAGACCAGCCAGGAGCUGUCAGACCUUCACCAAGAGCUCUCUUACUCCUUAGCGGCUGUGGUCAGGGAGCCCAGAGCUGCUGUUCUGGAGGCAGAGACCCGGAAGCUGGAUCAGUCUCUGAACUUCAACUUGGCACUAAUAUCUCUGGACCACCAGUCUCCUGAGAGACAGCCAUUGCAUUCGACACCCAGAUCCACCAGGAGCGAUGACCUGAGGUUCUCCCGCAGAAGCAGGAUUGGGACAAAACUGGUGCUGACUUGUGUGGAUGGGCCACGGUCGGUAUCACACAGCCCAGUCCAACCAAGCCUUGAUGCAGAACGCAGAGUUGAGAACCAGCAGAACAGAGCGAAGGCACGGUGUUACACUGCACACCUGGAGUAA